CAAAUCCACGUUGACCAGGACCACCUGAGUCCCACCCUCAAGACUCGCUCAGACUCCCUCCCUCUCUCUCUCUCUCUCAGACUCUCUAAUGGCGGCUGAGCUACACUUGCUGGAGUCCCCACUCAGCCAUGACGAUGCCUCCGCCGCCAUGGCCCCGUCGCAACCAACAGCCACCGCAGCUCCGCCGCCACCAGCCGCUGCAAACACCGGCGCCGCUACGGCCGCGCCGGCCCUUGCCCCAUCAAUAAGCGACAAUCCUGGUCCAUCGCUCGCCCCGAAACGCCACCGCCGGCCCAGCGUCCGCCUGGGCGAGAUCGGGGGCGAGCAGCCCGGCACGGCCGCCCACGACUCGCACGUGCGGCGUCCCAAGCCCACGUCGUCGUGGAGACUCCCCAAGGAGUCCUCGAAUCCACAGUCCUCCAAAUCGGUCAAAGCGCGCUCGCUGACGCACCUCGUCAACGGCGAUGCUCAGUUUCACGACCUCGAGAAUAGCUCGGGCUUCGAUUUCCCUCACAGGAAGGUGAAGGCGAGGCGCGGCAUCGCUGCGAAGCGCCCGAGAUCGUGCUGGACAUCGUCGAAGCUCGACAACGUCGCCGACAACAUCAGGGAGGACGAAGAGGAGGAGAUCAAUGAGGGUUUCCGGGAUUUCGGUGCCGAUUCCGGCUCUCCGACGAAGGAGCACAGUCCGGCUUCGACCGACGAUGCCGCGGCGCUCGACAAUUGGCAGAGAAGGCCGAGCCGCGGCAGAGCCUCUCUGAGCCGCGACAACGGCGGAAAUGAGUUCGACACUGCACGAGAAUCCGACUAUAGAGACGGGAAAGGAGGAAGCAGCGACGGGGUCAGGAGUUGGCUCGUUGAAUUGGGGCUUAGUCGGUACGCCCCAGUUUUUGAGAUUCACGAGGUUGACGAUGAGGUUUUGCCGAUGUUGACGCUGGAGGAUUUGAAGGAUAUGGGGAUAAAUGCGGUGGGAUCGAGGAGGAAGAUGUACUCGGCAAUCCAGAAGCUUCGCAAGGGUUUCUCGUGAUGUCAAGAAAGCUUGUAAAUGAUCUUACUCCUCCUGUCUUGAGCAUGUCUUCCCAGUUCCUCCCAAUCGCUGUACCAGGUAAUAGAAAAGCUAAUUGUGCCACAUCCUCAGUCUUCCAGUUGAUUCUUUGUUGGUUGUUUUGAUCCUGAAGAUUCAAGCAGAGCUCUUACUGACUGGCUUUCUACACUUUCAAGCACCUAUGAUGUACUUUGGGAUGAGAAUGGAGAAAACAUAUAUAGCUUGUUGCUCCGUUUGUUUGGUCAAAAUGAAUGGUUUUGGAAAAAGAUUUCCUAA